CUUCUGAAAGCCACGCACAUAGCACACGGUCCCUAAGGCUCCAGCAGCUGAUAUUGUCAGACGGUCCCUGGGCCAUACGCUAUGAGGUCAAAGUAUUAAAGGGGCUGGCUGGCUGCUCUGUGCACACUGUGUCUCAGGUUAGUUGACUGCAGCAUGUUUUUGGGGUUUUUUUGCAAGAAGUCUGGUUGGUUACAAUAACUAAUAUAGGGAUUUCUACACUCUAUAUAAUGCUAAAUCACUGUUCUCAUAUAUCUUACUUUACCAAUGAGGGAUCUCCUGGUAGACCAGUAAUUAUUGGGCAAUCUUUGCAGCCAGGUGUUUCUGAACUACAUUUCCCAUGAUGCUUAGCCAGCCUUAAAGGCCCACACUUGCAUGUAAACCCUCUGCAGCAUCAGACUGCGAAUGUAGCCCUGACCUCUGCCGGCUGAUUAACUGCGCUGUGAAAACUUAUAGGAUUCUAUGGAGACUUGACUGCACGCAGGCAAGAGGGGCCAAUAGUCGACAAAAGCCGUAUUAACCCUUCCUAUACCAGCAGCGACACCGCAUGGUUAAAAAACAAAAUCUGCAUUUCUAAGUAGUGGUGCUGCUAUAAACGCCAAUGUCUUUACAAAAUACAUGGUUACCUAGUGUCUUGUGAAUCCCCCCAAUAAUAUAAUCCCAUUUGUUAUUCCUCUGUCCCCCCCCCCACCACCACCCUAAAUUCUAUUCUAUAACAUUUAACUGCCCACUACUAAUCUAUCUAAACUAAUAGUGGAAUAUGGGACAAGGCAUGAUCUCAUCAUUCAGAGAUUUAGAGUAUACUGGCAAAUUAUAAAAAUGAUAUAUUUAGUAAUUAGCCAAAUGUGAUGAUUUUACAAUGCGAAGCUAGCUGGUUUAUUCCCUGUGUGAACUUGCCGUGAAUUUAGAGUGAAUUCUAAAUUUUAGUCUAAAAUUAUAAACUGGUAUUCCAAAGAUUUUAGUGGGACAGUCCAGAUUUUCGGACUCUUUCCCGUCGUCCCGCACUAUUUCCCUGGUGUCCCCAACCACCAUAGUGUGAGCACAUCAUUAAACACAAUUGCUCUAUUCUUAGGACACUAGGACCCUGCAGAAAGCACUGAUACGGUGCUCCCCUCAGGGGCUGGCCUUAGAUGAUUGGCAGGUUGCCUGGCGUGAAUGCACCUGCCAAUAAUUUGGGUGGACACGCCACCUUUCUGGGCAGGCCCGCCCCUUUGGGUGGAGCCAGUAAUAUAAUCAGGUCACUGGUCCACCCCUUUCUUGUGACGCGAGAGUUGGGAGGUAUGUAUAAAUGUCAACACACACAUUAUGUGUAAUAUAUAUUUAACAGACAAUAAGAUAAAAAAUAAUUUAACAAGUCUGAGGGUAACAGCCAUUUCUUUUAUUAAAGGAACACUAUAGUCACCUAAAUUACUUUAGCUAAAUAAAGCAGUUUUAGUGUAUAGAUCAUUCCCCUGCAAUUUCACUGCUCAAUUCACUGCCAUUUAGGAGUUAAAUCACUUUGUUUCUGUUUAUGCAGCCCUAGCCAGGGCCGGACUGGGAGAAAAAUUCGGCCCGGGCAUUUUUUUAACACAGCGGCCCACUAAAAAGGGGGCGGGGCAGAGGAGGUGUGUUUUGUCAUCACCAAUGACAAACACGCCUCCUCUCAAAGUGAGCAUGUUGGUUCAAUGCUCUUCCAGGGCAGACCAUGCGCAGAGCUCUGCUGAAGAGCUCUAGCAUGAGAAAAAAGUCCUGUAUUUGUUCUGCACAGUGCAAGCAAGUUUAAUAACAUGCUUGCACUGUGUUUCCUUGCAACUUGUCUCUGGUGUCUAUAAAUGGAUACCAGGAGACAAAAGGCCAGGAAAGAGUAUUGUGCAUGUGUUUGGAGCCUGCUUGUGGUAUUGCGUGUGUGUAGAGUGAGCUGGUCGUGGUGUGGUAUUGUGUAAUAAGGUCAGUUUUAGUCGUGUUGUGUUUGUGGUGUAAUGUGAUGCAUAUGUGGCUAUGGGCUGUAGAGAAUAUGUGUAUUGGGGAUAUAGCAAGUGUGUGCAUACAGGCUAUAGUGUGUGUGUGUUUAGGGGUGUAGUAUGUGUUUGCUUACAAGGAAUCUAGUGUGUGUGUAUAGGGGAUCCAGAGUGUGUAUGUUAAAGGACCACUAUAGUGCCAGGAAAACAUACUCGUUUUGAUGGCACUAUAGUGCCCUGAGGGUGCCCCCACCCUCAGGGACCCCCUCCCGCCCGGCUCUGGAAAGGGGUUAAAACUUACCCUUUUCCAGUGCCGGGCGGGGAGCUCUCCUCCUCCGAUCCGCCCCGUCGGCUGAAUGCGCACGUGCGGCAAGAGAUGCGCGCGCAUUCAGCCGGUCGCAUAGGAAAGCAUUUAUAAUGCUUUCCUAUGGACGCUUGCGUGCUCUCACUGUGAUUUUCACAGUGAAAAGCACGCAAGCUCCUCUAGCGGCUGUCAAUGAGACAGCUGCUAGAGGCUUUGGGGGAAGGCUUAACCCAUUGAUAAACAUAGCAGUUUCUCUGAAACUGCUAUGUUUAUAAAACAAUAGGUUAACCCUAGAAGGACCUGGCACCAAGACCACUUCAUUAAGCUGAAGUGGUCUGGGUGGCUAGAGUGGUCCUUUAAGAGUGUAGUGUGUGUGUGUGUGUGUGUGUGUGUGUAUAUAUUUGGAAGUAUUGUGUAUGUGUGUGGUGCAGUGUGUUGGGGGGGUUCUGUGUGUAUGUGUGUGUGUGUGAGAGUGCGGUGUGUGUGUGAGAGUGCCGUGUGUGUGAUGUGUGUGAGAGUACCGUGUGUGAGUGAUGGGUGUGAGAGUGCUGUGUGUGAGUGAUGGAUGUGAGAAUGCUGUGUGAGAUGGGUGUGAGAGUGCUGUGUGUGAGAGAGUGCUGUGUGUGAGAGUGCUCUGUGAGAGUGCUGUGAGAGAGUGCUGUGAGUAUGAUGGGUGUGAGAGUGCUGUGAGAGAGUGCUGUGAGUGUGAUGGGUGAGAGAGUGCUGUGAGUGUGAUGGGUGUGAGAGAGUGCUGUGAGUGUGAUGGGUGAGAGAGUGCUGUGAGUGUGAUGGGUGUGAGAGUGCUGUGUGAGAGAGUGAUGGGUGUGUGUGAGAGUGCUGUGUGAGAGAGUGCUCUGUGAGAGUGCUGUGUGAGAGUGUGCUCUGUGAGAGUGCUCUGUGAGAGUGCUGUGAGUGUGAUGGGUGUGAGAGAGUGCUGUGUGUGUGUGAGAGCUGUGUGAGAGAGUGCUCUGUGAGAGUGCUGUGAGUGUGAUGCUGUGUGAGAGAGUGCUGUGUGUGAUGGGUGUGUGAGUGCUGUAUAAAUGUUAUUGUGUGUGUGUAGGGGGGGUAAAUAAUAAUAAAAAAAAAAACAGGCAUUAUGUCCCCCCCUCCCUUCUUACCUUUAGCCUUGGAGGGGGGGGGGCGGCAUGCUGGUGACUGGGAGGCCGGGAGGCAGUGUUCCCUGGUGGUCCUCGUGGGUGAGUAAACUCUAGCCUGUGAGGCUAGAGUUCACUCUCGCGAGAUCCGGUCGUUGCCAUAGCAACGCGCCGGAUCUCGCGAGAGGAACCCGGCGGAGCCGCAAGUUAGAGCUCCGCCGGGUCCUCUCUCCAGCCUGGCUGGCUGCCUGUCUCCCUCCCCGCCGGCGGCCGCAUGUGGGCCGGGUGAGGGAGAGCUUUGAUCUCCCCACCGGACCGUCGUGGCAGACAGCGGGGCCGGCGCUCGGAUAGUGCCGGCCCUGCAUAGACCGGCAGGGGAGAUCCUGGGACCUCCCCUGCCGGCCUCGGCCCCACGGACACCGCGGCCCACCGGGCAUUUGCCCGGUGUGCCCGAUGGCCAAUCCGGGCCUGGCCCUAGCCACACCUCCCCUGGCCAUGAUUGACAGAGUCUGCAUGAAAAAAAAAACUGGUUUCACUUUCAAACAGAUGUAAUUUACCUUAAAUAAUUGUAUCUGAAUCUCUAAAUUGAACUUUAAUCACAUACAGGAGGCUCUUGCAGGGUCUAGCAAGCUAUUAACAUAGCAGGGGAUAAGAAAAUCUUAAUUAAACAGAACUUGCAAUAAAGAAAGCCUAAAUAGGGCUCUAUUUACAGGAAGUGUUUAUGGAAGACUGUGCAAGUCACAUGCAGGGAGGUGUGACUAGGGUUCAUAAACAAAGGGAUUUAACUCCUAAAUGGCAGAGGAUUGAGCAGUGAAGCUGCAGGGGCAUGUUCUAUACACCAAAACUGCUUCAUUAAGCUAAAGUUGUUCAGGUGACUAUAGUGUCCCUUUAAUAAAGGUUUUUGUUAGGUUGCAUAUAUAAACCGUGUAGUGUAUUCGACUCGUUUUCAUUUUGUUAAGCUUAGCUUCAGUCUUCUGGAAUACACUAAUAAAUAAUUUUUUUAUAAUUACAAAAAUACAAGUAACCUGUUCAGUAACAGGAUUGUACAAACGAUACACAGUAAUCCCUUGUUGAUCCAAGGAGAAAUACGGUUUCCAUUUUGAAGUCAAGAAGGAAUUUACUAUAUUGUUGCGCAUUGGGAAUUUACUAGCUAUUCUGAAAUAUUGUUUUUUGUUUUUUUCUUUGCCUUUGUUUGGAUCAACAGCAGAACGAUGUGUGCAGCACUGAACUUGAUAGACUUGAGUCUUUUUUUCCAACCUCAGUUACUUUGUAAAUAAGUAUAGAAUUCACUAGUCGGGGUCUAUUUGUGGGCAUUGAGUUGUGAUUUCAAUACCCCUAUGGGGUGUCUUGUUGCACUGCUUCCUUUAAAAAUAGCUCGCUAUAUUUGUAUUGUAAUUUACAGGCUGAGUAGAAGAAGUGUAUUAUGGGUAAGUUGUGCAUAAUUGUGUCCUUUUAAACAGCAAGUCUGACCAAAGAGACCAGAUCCCAGUGAGCCUCUCCGUGUCCAGGUGUCCGACUUAUCCUUUCCGAGUUCUGCCUGAUCCAGAAGGACUGAGUGAGUUCUCUGUUUAAAUCCACUGAUAUUCUUUAUUCUUAUAUAGAGCUCCUAUCCAGGGUGUUUGCCUAUAUUAGCAAUUAAUUAUUCACUAACGCCUAUUAUUAAUAUUUUAUUGAGGAUUAACUCUCUGACUAUCAGAGGGUUGAGAGUACAAUGGAUUGAGUUUUAUACACAGGAUUUGUUAAAAUCUUUUAGUGAUGCAAAAGGUAAAUACCUGCCAACAGUCCUUGAUAUUCAGUGAUAGUCCCUAUUUUUUAAUAUUUGUUGGAGUUUUAAGUAGAUAUAUACACACAGGUAUAAGAACACCACCAUUCUUCCCAGCACUUUUAACAGAGCUCAUUUGUGUAGAUUUAUUUAUAACAAUUGUAAAAUAUAAGUCCUGCGCUCACUCCCAUCACUACAGGGUGGCAGCAAUGACUACAGUACACAUCAGCCCCAAUAUAUAGUAAAAACCAGAGAAAAACAAGUUACCUGCGCUCUCUCCUUAAUCCCUAUGUAUAUUUAAACAAAUGGAGGUCAUUUAGUUACUCCAAUGACCAUUGCAGAGAAUGCCCGCCUGCCAACGUUAUGGCAGACCCCCCUAAAUCGGGUCCUACACUGACCCUUCACCUUGCUUCUUUGAUCUUCUGGCAAAGACAAUGCUGCCGCCCAUCCUAUGUGUUGAUAAGCAUGUAGGGAUGUUUGUAAAGAAUACCCCUCUCUGUCUCAUUAGAGAUAUCUUUGCCAGAAGCUCAAGGAAGCAGGCUGAAGUGUCAGUGUAGGACCCGCUUUAGGGGGGUCUGCCUCGACGUUGGCAGGCGGGCAUUCCCUCCAAUGGUCAUUGGAGUAACUAAAUUACCUCCAUUUGUCUAAAUAUACAUAGGGAUUAAGGAGAGAGCGCAGGUAACUUGUUUUUCUUCAAUUGUAAAAUAUGCCUAUUGUGUAAUAGCAAAAAUGUUAUGAAUACAAUGUAAUGAUGUAAUUUGUAGAACUUUCCACAGAAUAACAUACUCAGUUUAUCUUUUUUUUAGCUCUAUUCAUUUAGUGCUAGCUUACAACUUACAGCUACCUGACACAAUUAGGAAUCAGAAGUUCCUUGAUUCAUGAGAGCUGUGAUAUUUAAAGGAAUACUCCAAGCACCAUAACUACUGUAUACUGUAGUGGUUAUGGUGCCAGGAGUGCCCUGUUAUAACAAUUUAGGAGAUACAGUUGCUUGGUAGAAUAAGUUCUACAUUAUGGUCAAUUCUGAUCUUGAGCAAGAAAAACUGGAAUGGCUCAACUCAUGUCUUCUGGGGCAAAUGUACCCCCGCAGCGUUUCAGUGAUGGCUGUAAUCAGUAAGAAGGUUUAAACACGGUUUUCACGGUAGGCUAGAAAUUCUGUAGAGUUCACACAUUGUUUGGAAAACUUUAUUAAAGAAUCUAGGAGGCGGAGCCUAACAGCGGAGGCAAGCAGAUGCAAGUCUAAGGAGCUCCGAGCAAAAACGGACGAAAAUACGCUCAAAAUCGACAGAUACUACCCCCAACAACCACUAACUGAAGGCGGGAACCCCUUAAGCCCUAAUGGGACGCAAACACAAGAAACAGAUGCCGGAUAAUCCAGCCCCAGGACUCACAAUAGGGGAAAUGUGGCGGCAAGCAUGCGGCCCGAGCGGAUCCAAUAUGGCGGCGCUCCACGGAGGCUGCUCGGAUUUCUCCGAUGGCUACUCAGAGGGAGCUGAAGAUGAAUGCCUCCUAACCCCAGACCCAAAGCCCAGGGCAAAACCCAGCAAACCAAGGAAGGACCCAGAUGCCGACCUGGUAACCACUGGGGUGUUAAAGACCCUACUAGCCGACCUCCAAAAAAACAUCCUUGCGGAUGUCACCGCACUAAGGGGAGAGCUGCAGGGCCUGACGGGUCGCAUAGCAGUACUGGAGGCCACCUCCCAAGAACAGCAGAGCACUAUCGCCUCACUGAGAAGCGACAUUCAGGACCUGCGCAGCCAAAAUAUGCUGCAUGAACGGCGCUUCGCAACCCAGGAAGACUCAAGACGGAGACUCAAUAUCAAAGUCAGGGGACUCCCAGAGGGGUUGCCGGAGACUGACCUACCGCACAUGAUCAAGCGCCUGCUAACCAGCAUACUGCCCACAGACCAAGCUAAAGCUAUAACACCAACAGAUCUCUUCCGGAUUCCGAAACCUGCUGGGGCCCCAGACAUGGCCACAAGGGACACCGUACUCACCUUCAAAAAUGGGACUGACAAAUCGGCGGUCCUCACAGCCGUCCGGGGUAAAGCCCCCAUACAAUUUGAAAAUGCUAAACUAACCUUCUACGCUGACUUGUCCAGUGGAACUCUGGCGUGGCGCAGGUCACUUAGGCCUCUUACCUCCACACUCCAGCGCAACAACAUUCAGUAUCGCUGGCGGCCCUCGCACACGCUCCUGAUACAGCAAGGUGAAAGAACAUACCAAAUCUACAGCAUGCAAGAUGCAGCGGCCCUUCUCCGAACCCUGGGCCUGCCACAGGAUUCACUCCCCCAAGCGGGACCCGGUGCUCCCACCACCCCGAGCCACAGCUGGGAUCCAGCAAAAAGUGCCCCAUUCAGACCACGGAGCACCACACCGGUUACCUACGCCUCAGUUACCACAUAGAUGGAACCUAAGGGCGCACCCUCCAAGCUCCGCAACACCAUGACCUGCCUACACCGAACUGCCGAGAAGGGGAGUACCGCUCCAGGGCACCACCAAUACCCCGCAAGGCAUCGGUUGAUGAAAUCCACUAUCAAGUCCUUGGGGACUCUACUUUCCUCUUCUCCCCUUUUAUCUCUCAUUAAAUACGCCAUCACAUGAUUCAGGACUCUGACCUGGAGAACACCAGGGAACCUUGUAACUCUGUUUGGCAAGUUUGGGAUUGUUCACCUGCAGUAACACGUUCAUAGCCACUGUCUGUUUAAUAAUUAAUCUACUAAUACUUCACACUUAUAAGGCACAUAACUGUUAUUUUUCUCCGUUUUUUAAUUUUUUUAUUUUGUAGCCUUUGUUUCCUUAAAAUGAGACUCUAUACUGAGCUCCAUGUGUGGUAUAUUACGCGAUGGCUAACACACAAAUACUCGCCUCCUUAGCAAGUACCCCUAAGCAAGAAUUCCCAUGUAACAUUGUUACCCAGAAAAGUACAGGGAAAUCCCACCUAGCAGACGAGAGUAGCUUCUUAGGAUAUCACCUGGGAAUCGGCCAUACGCAAAAUAGAUAACACCACAACUUUACCCUACUACCUUAAGCUUGGCGGCCCUUCAACCCCCAAUCACGCAUUAACCAUGACCUUAAGGGUCCCUACCACACAAACAGGGGGAUUUAUGUCUGCCCCGGACAGCUUGAAUUUAGUCUACCCCGGCGGGCCCACUUCCAUUCCCAGCGAAGCAUUUAAGCGGCACAGCUAACAUAGCCCUAAUGUGUCCCCUCGGACCACCUCACAGGAGUACCUUCAAUAGCGCGGCACAAUUAAAAUCGCAGCUCUGAUCAGACAUACUGUACUAAACGCAUAACACUGUAUAACCCAAUCAGGGCAGGUGCAAGGAUUUUUGCCGCCCUAGGCAAAAGUAAAGUUUGCCACCCCCCCCCCCAUAUGACAUCACAAUGCCCCAUGUUAACUAACGCAAGUGCUGCAGUGCCGCCGUGUUUACAUUAAAAGGCCUGCAGGGACAGGCUAUAGACAGCAGAACCACUACAUUAAGCUGCAGUGGUUCUGGGGACUAAAGUGUCCCUUUAAUGUGAGGUAAAUUAGAGAUUAGUGCCACGAAUAAUAUACUAGAUUGCCUACUUACAAUCAGAUGAGGAUAGUGAUGGGCUCUAGCUGCAGUCUGGCUCCACUCGUCUGGUGUAGAACAGGCUCUCUGGAGGCUGUUUGUGUUCUGGGAGAACGGGAAGCAGCUCCAUUUUUUGGGGGCCCUUUACACAGCUCAAGGUCUGGGCCCCAGGGUCCACCUUCAUGUUCCACCAAUUAGUUUGUUCACAGGAGUAGGGGAUGUCCUGAUAUGUGUGUAAGGAAUGCAUUGUGUGAAUCUGUGUUUGUAUGCGUAAGGGCUGCAAUGUGUGUUUCUAUGUAUGUACGGGAUGCAGUGUGUGCAUCUGUAAGGGGUGCAUUGAGUGUGUGUAAGGAAUGCAUUGUGUGUUUCUGUGUGUGUAAGGGAUGCAUUGUGUGUAAGGGUUGAAUUGCUUGUGUGUGUGUGUGUGUGUGUGUGUGUAAUGCAUUAUGUGUUUUUCUGUGUGCAAGGGGUGCAUUGUGUGUGUGUGAUGGCUGUCAAUCUCUCCCCCCUCCCUUGUCCCUCUCUUCUCCCCCUCUCCCUCCCUCGUCACUCUCUUCUCUCCCCCCCUUGUCUCUCUCUUCUCCCCCCCUUGUCCCUCUCUUCUCCCCCCUCUUGUCCCUCUCUUCUCCCCCCUCCCUUGUCACUCUCUUCUCCCCUGCGUGUCCCUCUCUUCUCCCCCCUCCCUUGUCACUCUCGUCUCCCCCGUUGUAACUCUCUUCUCCCCUCCCCACUCUCAUUCCCCCUCCUAACCCCGUCAUUUCCCCUCCCUGUCAAUUUCUUCCCUCCCACCUUGUCAAUUUAUUCCCCCCACCCUGCCUGUCCAUUUAUUUCCCCACCCUGCCUGUCCAUUUAUUCCCCCCACCCUGUCCAUUUAUUCCCCCACCUCCCUGUCCAUUUAUUCCCCACCCUGUCCAUUUUAUUUCCCCCCCUCUCCAUUUUAUUCCCCCCCUGCCUGUCCCUUUAUUCCCCCCCUGCUGUCCAUUUAUUCCCCCACCCUGCCUGUCCAUUUUAUUCCCCCCCUCCUGUCCAUUUAUUUCCCCUCCUGUCAUUUAUUCCCCCUCCUGUCCAUGUAUUUCCCCCCCCUGUCCAUGUAUUCCCCCUCACUGUCCAUUUGUUCCCCUCCCCUCCUGUCCAUUUAUUCCCCCCCUCCCCUCCCUGUCCAUUUAUUUCCCCCACUCCGUCCAUUUAUUCCCCCCACCCCGUCCAUUUAUUCCCCCCCCCACCCCGUCCAUUUAUUCUUAAUACUUAAUCUUAAUGUGACUACUAAGGGACACAUAUCUGUGAAACAAAAUACUACUUUUACUUGUCUCUAUAAGUGUAAGUUAUUAUCCUGUUUAUAUAACUACUUUAAAAAGUGCAAUGUUAUUACUGCCAUGGGCUUAAACGUGUAUUUGAACUGGAGCGCACCAGCUAUUGUGGCUGUGCAACUCCGCCUGUUAACCUUAUGCACGACCAAAAAUAAAGAAUUAUAAAAAAAAAAAAAAAAAUCUACUGAAAAUGUCGCAACACUGGCUUGUUUCAUCCGCAAUAGAUGUCGGGACUUCAUAAUUCUCUGUGAUUCUGUAAUAAAGAGGAUAUAUGUAUAAUUAGAUAUAUUUCUUUUUUUGAACCUGUUAAAGGAACACUUUAGGGUCCCAGACCACAUCAUCCCUCUGAAGGAACAGCAAUGUUUCCAUUGUAGGAGUAACCUGUGUCUAUUGGCUGUUAUAGUGCCAUACAGCCACUAGAGGCACCUGAAAUAGUGGAGUAAAGCUUAUCUAUUUCAAUCAAAUGGUCCCAUGUGCAUUAGCCUACCAAUGCUUUCCUAUUGGAUCAAUCUCGAUGAUCUCAGACAAGAAGGCGGAACGGUGUGCCAGAGACCAACGCUGCGAGGGAGAAAAGGUAAGUAAAGGCAACUUUCUAACCCUGGCAGUAGGGAUCUGGUCACCUAAAUGGUCACUAGGGCACUAUAGCGUUGGGCAUAUCAUUUUUUAUUUCUAUCACUGUUGUGUUCCUUUAAGUGCUGGGUCUUUUUCUUAUAUUGUUGAUAUUUCCACUUGUGAUUAUUUCAGUGGUUUGUCUUGUUCUCUGUGCAGUGGGAUUGCAGACAUCAAAUUUUAAGCUACAAAGUACUUUUUUAUUGCCCAAUUUAAGAGCAACAUUUGUGUUUCAAAGUUAGCGCUCCAAAAAUUGUUCAUUUUAUAAAAAAUACUUAUUAUUAGCAAGAUUUUAAAUUAGCCACCUUAGAAACGUUUUAUACUUUAACUGUUUUUAUGCUACAUAAUAUAUUUCUCUGACAGUAAAACAGACCACAUAGUACGUCUGGAAUAGCACUGCUCGGUCUCCUUGGUCAUCUGACAUUCUUUUUCAGCAGAGUGACGUGUAGGAUGCCCCCUACACCUCCCCACAACUUCUCCUGGGUGGAACCUGGGCUGUUGGCUGGCAUGGCUAUGCCUCGACUCCCUGCCCACUACGAGUAUUUAUACCAGAAUGGUAUACGGCACCUGAUAACACUGACAGAGCACAAACCGCCGUAUCAUGACACUUGUCCUGGCAUCACUCUGCAUCGUAUUCGCAUCGUGGACUUCUGCCCACCGAGUUUGGACCAGAUCAAGAGCUUCCUCAAAAUCGUAGAAGAUGCAAACGCUAAGAAAGAGGUACCAUGGUCAAUCUAGGCCUAACUGUUCUGGUGCAUGUACAUUGGAUUACACUUGUAUCAGGCCAUGUAAUCAAUGCACUUGUGAAAUGUGUUUGAACAAAAAUCACUUAUUUGUGUAACAUAUUAAACACUUUCAAUAAAAGAAAGUUCUUAAAAGAAAACAAAGGGCUAAGUUAAAGGGACACUGUAGGCAGCUGACCACUUCAGCUUAUUGAGGUGGUCUGGGUGCAAUGUCCCAUGUCCCUUAACCCUACAGUGGUAACUAUUGCAGUUUCUGAGAAACAGCAAUAAUUACCUGAGGGUAAACUCAUCCUCUAGUGGCUGUCUACCAGACAGCCACUAGAGGGACUUCCGGAAUCCAAACCUUUGGUCCGUUAUCUGACGCUGGACGUCCUCACACUCUGUAUGAGAACCUCCAGCGUCAGUUUUUUCCUAUAGGAAAGCAUUAAAAAUGCUUUCCUAUGGGGAAAUAGUAAUGCGAGCGCGGCCAUUGCCGCGCAUGUGCAUUAGGUCUCCCCUACCAGCUGACGACGGCGGGCGAGGAGCGUAGACGGAGCCUUACCCAGCGCCGAGAUACAACGGCACUGGCUUCAGGUAAGUGGCUGAAGGGAUUUUAACCCCUUCAGCCAUGCGGGAGGGGGGGAUUCUACAGUGCCAGGAAAACAAGUUGUAGAACGAGAGUAAAAAAUAAAAAAUUACCAUAAAUUGUAAGUUGUGGAAAAACUCUACCACCCAGCUCCUCCAUGUGUCUCAUCCCCACCUCCACUUCUCCAUUUGUCUCAUUUCCCCCCCCCCACUCCUCUAUGUGUCUCACCUUCCACCAGCCCCUCCACGUGUCUCAUUCUCCCCCCAACCCCUGCAUAUGUCUCAUUCUUCUUCCACUAGCCCCUCCAUGUGUCUCAUUCCACCCCUAGCCCCUCCAUGUGUCUCAUUCUUCUCCUCCCAGCCCCUCCAUGUGUCUCAUUCUCUUCCCACCAACCCCUCCAUAUGUCUCAUACUCCUUCCCCUAGCCCCUCCUUGUGUCUCAUACUCCUUCCCCUAGCCCCUCCUUGUGUCUCUUUCUCCUUCCCCCAGCCCCUCCUUGUGUCUCAUACUCCUUCCCCUAGCCCCUCCUUGUGUCUCAUACUCCUUCCCCUAGCCCCUCCAUGUGUCUCAUUCUCCUCCCCCCCCAGCCCUCCUGUGUCUCAUACUCCUUCCCAGCCCCUCCAUGUGUCUCAUUCUCCUCCCCCUGCCUCCCGCCAUGUGUCUUCAUUCUCCUCCCCAGCCCCCGCCAUGUGUCUCAUUCUCUCCCCAGCCUCCAUGUGGCUCCCUGGCCUCUCCUUCCCCAGCCCCCGCCAUGUGUCUCUAUCUUCUCCCAGCCCCUCCAUGUGUCUCUAUUCCUCUCCCCCAGCCCUCCAUGUGUCUUGCAUUCUCCUCCCCUGUGCCCCCGCCAUGUGUCUCUAUUCUCUCCCCCAGCCCUCCAUGUCUCUACUCCUCCUCCCCCAGCCUCUCCAUGUGUCUCUAUUCUCCUCCCCAGCUCCCUCCAUGUGUUCUUACCUCCUCCCAAAACCUCUCCAUGUGUUCCCAUUCUCCUCCCCCAGCCCCUCCUGUGUCUCAUACUCCUUCCCCAGCCGCCCCCUCCAUGUGUCUUCUAUUCUCCCCAGCCCCGCCAUGUGUCUCAUUCCUUCCUCCCCAGCUCCCUAUGUGUCUCUAUUCUCUUCCCCCCACCUCGCCAUGUGUUCCCCCCAGCCCCGCCAUGUGUCUCAUUCUACCCCCGCUCAGCUCCUCUAUAUGUCAUACCCCCUACUUCUCCAUGUGUCUCAUUCUACGCUCCAGCCGCUCCAUGUGUCUCAUCCACAUAUCUUUUCUUACAUUCAGACUUUACACACAUAAAAAAAUUACCCUAAAAACUAAAGUUAACGCCAAACCAAAGAACAAAACAAACACGACUAUGGGACUUGUAGGAUAAAGCUGUCUGACUACAAUAUGUUUGAAAUACACAAUGAAAUGUUAAUCCCUUCUUUUCUUUUCCAGGGAGUCGCUGUCCAUUGCAUGCAUGGGUUCGGAAGGACUGGCACUAUGCUGGCGUGCUAUCUGGUUAAAACUAGGAAGAUUACUGGGGUCGAUGCCAUCAAUGAGAUUAGGAAGAUCCGGCGAGGGUCUAUAGAAACAACAGAACAGGAGAAAUCCAUUAUACAGUUCCACCACCACAUAAAAUGAUGGGGGGCGGGAUUAACGAGGACUAGACAAUGUUCCAGCUUCACAGGACUGAGUUAAUCUGGACUUUCCACCCGCCGUUUGUUGUAUUUUCAUAAAACCAUUAUUUUCGUGAACUGAAGUAAAAUGAUUUUCGGGGCCAAAUAUUAAAUUUGGAUGGUCAUCAACUCUGUUGGGUUUCCAUAACUGCAAACAUAAUCUACUGUCUUGAGAAGAUGUUUUGUGGUUAUUUUUCAUCUUCUUCGGGAUCACUUCAGCAUAAAAACAAAAUUGUAAUGGGGGCAAUAUGGCACUUGACUUAUGUGGCGGUAUACGUAUCUCUACCUUAAAGGAAAACAGUCAUCGUUUUUAUUAUUGUUUUAGUAGUUGUAUUAUUGUUUUGUGGUGUGGCCAACUCUAAAUCCUCUUCAGUCAGAAGCACUAUGUAUUAGAUAAAGGAAUACUAAAGCCAUCCAUGCCACUUUAUCUCAAUUAAGUGGUCUGGGUGCAGUAGUCCUUUUAACCUUGCAAGGUAAGACAUAGAUUUGUAGAGACUGCAAUGUGUAUGUUGCAGUGUUAAACAUACCUCUAGUCGCUAAGUAAAAUCCACCUGUUAAACCCUAGCAGGGGGUGGUGGACACCAACACUUACAUAUAGUUAAACUAUAGUGUUGGGAAUACAUAUUUGUAUCUCUAAUGCUAUAGCAGCAGUGGAACCACAGUGGUGCGACCAGGCCCUCUGCAUUCUGCCUGUCACAGGGGCCCAGGAGCAGGGCGUUUAACCACCUUAGCACCCCCCAUCCUGGAGGUGGGCAAUUAGGCACUAAGCUAAAGCAGGCACCUGCUUAACUGGACAACACGUGCCUACUCUGCCGAUAUACAGUGUCUAGGAAGGAGAAUGGGGGAGGCAGCGAGGGAGCACUGAUGUGCCUGCUCUUCCUCACUGCUCCCUUGUUUGCUUUGCGGUGAUGCCGGG